AUGGUUAAAACUACGUAUGCCCUUACGCUUUUUGCAGCUGCCAGCUUGGCGGCUCCAGUUCCGCAGCUCAAUGGCCGUGCCGAGAAGCAGGCUUCAGUCGAGCACAAGAACCUCAUUGAGGAUAUUCCUAUCCUUGGACCUCUUCUUGGAGGGAAGCAAGGUGUCAAGCGCGAUGAUGCUAAGCCUCAACACAGCAAUCUCAUCGACGAUCUUCCGAUCAUUGGAGGUCUUCUUGGCAACGCCAAGCAGAACAAGCGCGGAGAUAUUGGACAAGACGGUAUUAGUGGCUUGCCCUUACUCGGAGGGCUGUUCGGAUCGCACCAACACACUGGUGGCGCGAAUGGCAUUACCAAGCGUGGAAACGGCGGCCAGAACUAUGGCCAGAACGACGGUCAGAACUAUGGCCAAAAUGGGGGUCAGAAUGCUGGCCAAAAUGCCGGCCAGAACGAAGGUCAGAACGAAGGUCAGAAUUCCGGCCAGAAUGUAGGCCAAAACGGAGGAAACGGCUGGAAGCGCAGCCUGGAAAGCAGCCUCAGCAGCCUCCCCAUCGUCGGAGAGCUUCUCAAGAAUAAACCCUCUCACAAGCACACCGAAACUCCGCCUAAGCAACUCAAUACCCGCGAGGCUGGCCGUCCCAAGGGUAUCUUCGGUCUCCUGCAGUCUCUGACUAGCGGCGAUCCCGUCAGCAAGAGCCACAAACGCGCCGCUGAAUUCGAUCAACUGGAACCAAUGGACGACCUCCUUGAAGGAGCCGUCGCGACUGGUCUGGAUGCUGCGUCUUCUGCUAACCCUUUUAUGAUGCGCCGUGAUGAGUCUGCCGCCCCCAAGGCAAACCAGGCCCCGCAGGGUAACCAGAAGGGAUCCCAGGGAGCCAAGGAGAGCAAGGCCUCCAGCGGCCUCCUCGGUACAUUAAUGAGCAAGGACGGCCCUCUUGGUGCUAUUAUGGGCAACGCCGAGCACGGCGUUGGCCUUUUCCCAAUGCGCCGUGACACCAACGAACUUGAGGCCCGGCAAGCGCCCCCCAUCCAGGGCGCCUCACUGACCAGUGUCCUCCUUGAGGGCGGUGCUUUGGGAAAGGUCACCAAACUUCUUUCUGGAGGUGCUGAGACUAAGCACGAUACCAACUCCCCUUCUAAGGUCGGCGACAUGUCCACUGCGGGUCCUCCCAACCCUGCCUCUGGUGCUGGCCCGCACUCUGGCCCUGGCCUUGCUGCUCAGAAGCAGGGACCCAAGGCUGCUUUUCAGUAA